CUUAUAAUCAACUACCGAGCACUUGUGUUGAUGAUCCCCGCUGCUGUCCCGUACAAGUGUUACCAAACCGGGACAAAUCGACAGCCCUAAGAUGUUUUUUGCCUCUGCACUUCGGUCUGCCGUGUCACAAACGGCCAGACAGGUGAGAGGACUGCAUCGAUCGGCUGCAAGAGCUGGAGCUGGAGGGAUUUUUGUGCACAGAGACACACCGGACAAUAACCCCAACACCCCAUUUGAAUUCACAGAGGAAAACAAAAAGAGAAUUGAAGCCAUUAUUUCAAAUUACCCACACGGACACAAGCAGGCUGCCACCAUCCCAGUGCUGGAUUUAGCUCAGAGGCAACAUGGAUGGCUCCCAAUCUCCGCCAUGAACAAGGUGGCUGAGGUGCUGGAAAUCCCUCCCAUGAGAGUCUAUGAAGUGGCCACGUUCUACACCAUGUUCCUGCGGCAGCCUGUGGGAAAGUACUUCAUCCAGAUCUGCACCACCACACCGUGCAUGCUCUGCAACUCCGACAGCAUCCUGGAGACCAUCCAGAACAAGCUGGGUAUCAAGCCAGGUGAGACGACCGCAGAUAAGUUGUUCACUCUCCUCGAAGUGGAGUGUCUGGGAGCCUGUGUCAACGCUCCAAUGGUCCAGAUCAACGACAACUACUAUGAAGACCUGACGCCCAAAGACAUGGAGGAUAUUAUCGAUGAACUCAAAGCCGGCAGAGUCCCUCCACCAGGACCAAGGAGUGGGCGUUUUUCAUGUGAACCAGCUGGUGGACUGACUUCUUUAACAGAGCCACCCAAGGGACCUGGUUUUGGUGUAAGGCCAGAUUUGUAAUGAUCGCACCACGUGGCACCCAUCAGAACAAUCUAAUGUUAAAAUUAUAUUGUGUAAAUAAAACGUUCCUAUACAUGUG